AUGGUGGAUGUUAUUUAGGUCGGCCAGUUUAACACAGCGUAGGUUCAGUGGCAUACCCAGAAAACGAUGGAGAGUAUCGUGGAUAGUUUCACCGACCUGGACACAUCACAGAAAGUACUGUAUGCUGUCGGAGGUAUUGUCGUAUCAAUCGUAUCGGUCAUCGGCCUGAGGAAACUAUGUUUCAAAGAGAAAAAGACAAAGAAGGACUAUCCUCGAGAUACGGUGAUCCAUCAUCAGGUCGGUAGAAGUCCCUACGCCCCAAGCAUGACGCCAUUUGCGGUGAAGCUGGAGACCUAUCUCCGGAUGGCCAAGAUACCCUACCAGAACGUCCAUGGGUUUCAACCUUCAUCAAAAGGCAAAUUCACUUGGAUUGAGUAUAAUGGACAGGCAGUGGCGGACUCUACACUGUGCAUCGAGUUCCUCAACAAGAAGCUGGGAGUGGACCUCAACAGGAACCUGAGUCCUGCUGACAGAGGAGUAGCUCAGGCGAUGCAGGUUAUGGCGGAGGAACAUCUGUACUGGUUCCUUGUCCUCUUCCGAAUGCAAUAUGACAACGACAAAUCUUUGAUGCUGAAUGCUUUUAAAAUAGGCAAGUUUACGUUUUGGAUGUUUCAACGACAAGUAAAAAAGCAAAUAUGGAGUCAAGGCUUGGGCCGACACACAGAAGAGGAGGGAACAGAAAUGUUUAAGAAGGAUCUACAAUCCCUGUCGGACUUCAUAGGGACCAAGAAGUUCCUGAUGGGGGACCAGCCCUGUGAGACGGACUGUGCGGUGUUCGGUCAGCUGUCAGAGUUCUACUGGCAGUUCAUGGGCACUGGACACAAGGACAUCCUCAAGGACAAAUACCCCAACCUGGCCGCCUACUGUGAACGUAUGAAGGAAACGUUCUGGCCCGACUGGGACCAGUGCAUCACACACGGUGGAACAAGGGAGGCAACCAAGUAGUAACUUUCCCUGAGAGCUGUACUGACAGUUUUGGUAUAAUAUGAAUCAUUUGCUUGUUCUUCCAAAGUCUGUUGAUAUACUUUGGUUGUGAAAGGAGUUCAGAUUCUCUUUCGUGCACCAGUGAGUGAGUGUCUGAUCUUGAUUGCGUCGUGCGCGCGUGCCUGCGUGCCUGCGUGCGUGCGUGCGUGUGUGCGUGUUGAGGGCUAAGAGAAGUCGGUAGUUCUGAGACUGGUCGGGCUUCUAAACGUACUUCAGUUAUAUAAUGUGGCCAUUCUUUUGUCCCUCACAAUAAAAAUUAAAUGUUACCUAAAGCAACGCUACACAUACUGAUUCACUACCUCCAUCUUCUUGGCAUGUCAGUAAUGUAUAUUGUGUGUCUUUGAAAUGAAAAUAGCUUUGUUUAAAAUAAAAUUGUAUUAUGCUGUU